UUGGAGUGAUAUACUCCUCUCCAUUUUAUGUGUUCUGCUCUUCAUCUUCUUCUCCUGAAAUUCUCUCCAUUUUCUUUGAAAAAAAAUUUGAACAUGUAAGCCUCUCUCUGCAGGUCAUCUUAAAUCUGUUGGCACCAAAAAGAAAAGUUCAAAGUGGCCGAGCGAAAUGGAUCAUUGGGUUGAUUUGGUUUGUGUAUUUUCCCGCAAACUAGGUUGCUACAUCUAGCAUGGAACUCAUCUUACACAGCAACAGUCCCAAGUCAAGCUGCCCUCCUAUUGACAUCAUUGCCUUUUGGACACCCUUUCUCUUGGUGCACCUUGGUCGUCCCGACGCCAUUACCUCUUAUUCUCAACAGGAUAAUGCGUUGUGGCAAAGGCACUUUCUUGCGUUCUUGUCGCAGGUUUUUUCUACUAUCUACGCCUUCUUUAAGUCCUCACCAAAUAACGAGCCUUGGCUCGCAACCAUCCUAGUGUUACUUGCGGGCAUAAUCAAUACUUUGGGCGGACCCUUGCUCUUAACCGUGCAAGCUUUGAGAAAUUAGGAAAAAAUUGGGUGCCUGUCCGCGGGAAAACUGGACUAGUCAUUCCAAAACAGUUCCAUGAUGGAGAACCACAAAUCAAUAUCAGGAACUGCAGUUCUACUCUUCAGCAAUUUAAAGGGGAUACUUGUUGGCCCUCUUCCAAAGGAAAAGGAACUAAAGCGAAUCAUAGAAAGGAUCAUGUUGCGAAGGAGUGAUGGAGAAGUGCUUCGGAUUUUUGAGAUUGAGCUAAGCCUUUUGUAUGAGGUUCUUCACACCAAGUUGCCCCUGUUAGACAGCAAGACUGGAUCCUAUUUCCGUAUGGCAAAUUUUGGUUGCAUCUUGGUUGCCUUGAUUUCGUUCUCAUUGGUUAAGAAGCACUACAAGUUGGAGUUGUCUGACAUCUUGAUAACCUAUGGUUUGCUGAUCGGGGCAUUAGCAAUGGAUGUCUUAUCUUUCAUAUUAAUUAAAAGCUUAGAUUGGUUUGCAAUUUCUCACAUCCAAGAUGGAUCUCAACUUAUCAACAAUUAGAUGCGGCCCACCAUGAUGGCCGGUGUAUUGGACAAUUGGAAAGAUGAGUAUAAAAGAACAUCUAAACAGACCAGGUCAAUAGUACCCUGGAAGUUUUUCUCAAAUGAGAGGAGUUUUGCUAAAAAGAUCUUGUUCGGGUCCCAGGAAGUAAAAGUAAGAAUAGAAGAAGAAGAUGAAGAUGAAGAAAUGAAGUUAUUAUUUGAAGCAGUUGAGGUUGCCCGUGGGCUCGAAUGGGAGGAUGGUUAUCCAUGGGAGGGAAUUGGCAAAGUUUGGGUACAAUUGAUGUGCUAUGUUGCUACUAAAUGCAGGCCGAAUGUCCAUGCAGAUCAACUAAGCAAGGGUGGAGAACAUCUCACGUUCGUUUGGUUGUUGAUGAGUCAUUUUGGUUUUGGAAGUAAAUACAGAAAGUUGAGAGAAUAGUUCCAAAAUGAACCUGAAAGAAAACAGGGGGAAGAAUAAGGAUCAUUUAUGUGUCUUCGACUUAUAUAUGGAAUUGGAUUCUCUAUUGUCUUAAAUUGUUUAUUGUAUUAUGUUAAAGUAAUUUUGUACUAAAUUUCUGUAUUUAAA